AGGAGGGAGUAAGGCUCUUCUCCUCUCUCCCUAAGAGCAUUAACUGUAGAGUGUUCUGGUAGUGACAGGGCUGUCAGGGUCAGAUGGCUGCUCAGCCUGAUUAGACCAGCUCACAGCAGAUCCUCAGCCCAGCACUCUGCACUGCUACAGCUAAAAACUGGCACGUACAGUACAGACAUCACAGCGGAUUCUGAGAGGCCUAGAGGUACCAGGAAAGGUGGAUAGUUCAGUGUUACUGUUAAGCAGCAGGUUGUUCCAUGAAUACGCCAUUUUCUGCUGGUUGACAAGCAGACAUCUCAGUUUCUAGAGGCAGAAAAAGCAGGUGGACUUUGGCAUAGAGGCAAAAGAAGUGCUGUUAUUUCUGUUGUUGGAAAUUACAUUGAAUAGCAGAACUGCUGGUUGAUGGAGUUUGUGAGGCGGAGUGGUGACUACUGCCACGCCCAACACAUUUAGAAUCUAUCUUAAAUGAAGCUGCACCAUGCAGACCUGCGGCCCUGAUACCUGAAAGACCAUUGGCCCUUGCCCUCUAAAACCAGCCAGCUCAUGGGGUAAGACGUGGAACCUCGUCACUGGAAGCUCACUGGAGAGAGAAGGACAGAGGGAGCUAAAGAACUAAGAGACAAAGAGAGAAGGACUAAAGAAGAUCAGAGAGAUAAAAACAAAGAGAAGGACACAGAGAGAGCUGACACACUGUAGCUUCUUGGACUAUAGGAUACAGUCAACUGAUGGAGUAAAACUGUUCUCAAGACAACAGGACCUCAGAAUUGGGAACAACAAAAACAGUCUGUUUAGGAAACUGGUCAUAAACAGUCUCCAACAAGAAGUUCAGCAAAAGACAGGAAGUCCAGAGUUACCUGGAGACCUGAUAUAAGUCGAAGUCACAUCAGCUACCUGCUGCAGCUGGAGCUAAAGUUAUAUACAGUACAAUUCUCCCUGACAUAAAAGGUCUGAGGUCCUCCUGGGAUAUCAAAGGUCACGCUGGUCACCAUGAACCGUCCAGCUCCAGUGGAACUGUGCCACAAAAACAUGAGAUUCCUGAUCACACACAACCCCACAGACAACACACUUAGCUCCUUCAUAGAGGACCUAAAACGCUUUGGAGCCACCACAGUAGUUCGAGUCUGUGAUGUUACCUAUGAUAAAACACCGCUGGAGAAAGACGGCAUUACUGUAGUGGAUUGGCCAUUUGACGAUGGAGCCCCGCCCCCCAGUAAGCUCGUUGAUGAUUGGUUGAGUCUACUGAAGAAGAAGUUUCAGGAGGAUCCAGGAUGCUGCGUGGCUGUUCACUGUGUGGCCGGGCUGGGGAGGGCGCCUGUGCUGGUUGCUCUGGCUCUGAUAGAGAGUGGGAUGAAGUAUGAAGAUGCUAUUCAACUAAUCAGACAGAAGCGUCGUGGAGCCAUCAACAGUAAACAGCUAACCUACCUGGAGAAAUAUCGAUCCAAGCAGAGACUCCGCUUCAAAGACUCUAAUUCACACAAAAACAAGUGCUGCACGAUGUGAACACACACUCAAAGGCACGCACGCACACACACACACACACACACACACACACACACACACACACACACACACACACACACACACACACACACACACACACACACACACACACUAUAGACAUUUUGAACCCGGGUCAUUCCUGUUAUGCAGCAAUAUUUUAAUAUAUGCCCUGUCCUCAUAUUUCCUUUAAGAUGUCUCACAUUUUUAUAAAAAAUGGCUUAAAUGAUAGAUAAAGGUCUUCUCAUCACAUUAUCACAGACUAAUGCACAUUAAAAUACACGUUUUACUCUACUGCCCUUUUUUAUACACACAUGCUCAAUUUGACCAUGUCCUCAGAGUAAAGGUAUCCUAUUAUACAAGACCUAUACGCCAUCAAAAAAAUAAAUACUACUUAGCCAUGUUAAACUCUCUCUGUUAUAGGCAAUAUAUAUUUUUCCUCAUUUUCAUAAUUCACUGUAUGUGCCUAAAGUAAUUUUCCACCCUGUUAGUUUGUAGUUUAUCGACUUAAAAAUAAAGAAACUUCAAUUCCAUUGA